UCUCUGUCUCUCCUCCUCCCUCCUCCUGCUCCGGGCGGAGCCCGGCAUGGGGGGGCCGGCGCCCGGCAGGCCAGUGGAUCCGGGACCCAGGGAGGGCCGCCCCCCGGGCCUGGUGGCACUGAGCAGGGCCCCUCAGCCCCCACCUCCUGCCCCACGACAUGAACCUCCUCUACCGAAAAACCAAGCUGGAGUGGAGGCAGCACAAGGAAGAGGAGGCCAAAAGGAGCUCCAGUAAGGAGGUGGCCCCUGCAGGUCCAGUGGGGCCUGGGGCUGGCCCAGGGCCCGGGGUCCGAGUGCGGGACAUCGCCUCCCUCCGCCGCUCCCUCAGGAUGGGCUUCAUGACGAUGCCCGCCUCCCAGGAGCACACCCCCCACCCCUGCCGCAGCGCCAUGGCCCCGCGGUCCCUGUCCUGCCACUCAGUGGGCAGCAUGGACAGUGUUGGGGGCGGCCCUGGGGCAGGUGGUGGGGGCCUCACGGAGGACAGCAGUGCCCGAAGACCCCCUGCCAAGCCCAGGAGACAUCCCAGCACCAAGCUCAGCAUGGCAGGAUCAGGGGCAGAGACACCCCCCAGCAAGAAAGCAGGCUCCCAGAAGCCAGCCCCAGAGGGCCGGGAGUCCAGUCGGAAGGUCCCCCCCCAGAAGCCCCGACGGAGCCCCAACACCCAGCUCUCCGUCUCCUUCGAUGAGUCCUGCCCCCCUGGCCCCUCUCCUCGAGGGGGGAACCUGCCCCUCCAGCGCCUCACUAGGGGAUCCCGAGUAGCUGGGGACCCUGAAGUGAGCGGCGCCCAGGAGGAAGAGCCUGUGUACAUUGAGAUGGUGGGGGACGUCUUCAGGGGAGGAAGCCGCAGCACAGGGGGCCUGGCAGGACCCCCUCUUGCGGGCGGGGGUCCCACCCCUCCCGCCGGCGCCGACUCGGACUCUGAAGAGAGCGAGGCCAUAUACGAGGAGAUGAAGUACCCGCUCCCUGAAGAGGCAGGGGAAGGCCGGGCCAACGGGGCACCUCCAUCAAUGGCAGCCUCUCCGCCCCACCAGCCUCCUGCCCUCCAGCCCCACACCCACCGCCGUCCAGCUUCAGCCCUCCCAAGCCGGAGGGACGGGACGCCCACCAAGACCAUUCCUUGUGAAAUCCCCCCGCCCUUCCCCAACCUCCUCCAGCAUCGUCCUCCACUCCUCGCCUUUCCUCAAGCCAAGUCUGCUUCCCGAACCCCUGGCGAUGGGGUCUCGAGGCUGCCAGUCCUCUGCCACUCCAAGGAGCCAGCCAGCUCCAGCCCGGCUCCCCAAGUGCCUGGACGGGAACGGGAGACACCUCCCCCACCACCUCCUGCUGCCAACCUGCUGCUGCUGGGACCCUCUGGCCGAGCCCGGAGCCAUUCCACACCAUUGCCACCCCAAGGCUCUGGCCAACCCCGGGGGGAGCGGGAACUCCCCAACUCCCAUAGCAUGAUCUGCCCCAAGGCAGUGGGGGCGCCGGUAGCCCCCCCUGGCCCAGCUGCCUUGCUCCCAGGCCCUCCCAAGGACAAGGCCGUAUCUUACACCAUGGUGUACUCGGCCGUCAAGGUGACCACACACUCCGUCCUGCCAGCCGGCCCACCCCUGGGUGUUGGGGAGCCAAAGACGGAGAAGGAGAUCUCGGUCCUCCACGGGAUGCUGUGUGCCAGCUCAAGGCCCCCCGUGCCAGGGAAGGCCAGCCCCCACAGUGGGGCCUUGGGCACAGCAGCUGGGGUUCUCCACCACCGCGGCUGCCUGGCCUCCCCGCACAGCCUUCCGGACCCAACAGUGGGCCCCCUGACCCCUCUCUGGACCUACCCAGCCACAGCGGCUGGGCUCAAGAGACCCCCUGCCUAUGAGAGCAUCAAGGCUGGGGGACUGUUGAAUAAGGGCUGUGGAGUGGGGGCCCCAUCCCCCAUGGUCAAGAUCCAGCUGCAGGAGCCCGGGACUGAGGGGGGUGCCUUUGCUAGCAUCUCCUGCACCCAUGUCAUCGCCGCUGCAGGGACACCAGAAGAUGAAGAAGAGGAGAUGGGUGCUGCGACAUUUGGGGCAGGCUGGGCUCUGCAGCGGAAGGUCCUGUAUGGAGGCAGGAAGGCAAAGGAGCUGGACAAGGUCGAGGAUGGUGGCCGGACCUGGAACGGCAGUGGAGAGGGUCCAGGCAAGGCGGAGCGUGAGGACCGGGGCUCCACGGCCUCUGGGAUUCCCGUGAGGAGCCAGGGUGCAGAGGGCUUGCUGGCCAGGAUCCACCACGGAGGGGACCGAGGAGGGAGCCGCUCGGCACUGCCCAUGCCCUGCCAGACCUUCCCUGCCUGCCACCGCAAUGGAGACUUCACUGGAGGCUACCGCCUCGGCCGCUCAGCCUCCACCUCUGGAGUCCGGCAGGCCGCGCUCCAUACCCCCCGCCCCUGCAGCCAGCCCAGGGAUGCCCCCAGCCAGACCCACCCGGCGCUGCCGCUACCGCUGCCGCCGCCACCGCCGCCGCCGCAGGCCCGCGAACGCGACGGCAAACUGCUGGAGGUGAUCGAGCGCAAGCGCUGCGUGUGCAAGGAGAUCAAAGCGCGCCACCGGCCCGACCGCGGCCUCUGCAAGCAGGACAGCAUGCCCAUCCUCCCCAGCUGGCGGCGGGGGCCCGAGCCCCGCAAGUCCGGCACCCCGCCCUGCCGCCGGCAGCACACCGUCCUCUGGGACACGGCCAUCUGAGGAGGGCGGCGGCUGGGCACCGGGACUGGGAGAGGCGGGGCGCGCCCGGCUGUCCCGGGAGACUUUGCCUUGGCGGACUCUGAAGGACCAGGUGAGAGAGCGCCGGGGAGAAGAGCCCUUCCCUGCACCCUCGGAGAAGUUUGCGAGACUCCGCGGGCUUGGGGCCCAGCAGCACCCCGCAAGCGCGUCGGAGGAAGGGGAGGGUGUGUUUGAGGUCGGAGCGCGGUAGACUUCCCCUGCCGCCAACACACACCCUCGUGGGUCCAGCUAGAGGUCAGCAUGAGGAAGGAGGGCAGGACCCCAGGAAGAAGGGGGGGUGGGUCCAAAGAGAGGGGCUGGAGAGUGAGGUUCGAGGGGCUUUCUCUGAGAGCCCGGAGUCGGGGAGGGGUAUUUAUUUUGUUAUUUAUUUCGGUCAGGAGGGCAAUUCUGGGCCCUUCUGACCUACUCCUGAGUAGGGGGUGAAUGGUGGCCAAGUUCGAACUCUUCCCCAAUGCCAGUGCCCACAAGGCCCCCGCCAUCUAUGCCCACCCCAAGCUAGGGAUGGGCCUGCCUGGGGGGCGUGGAGGGAAGGCUCGAUGGGUGAUUUGCAGAAUUUACAGUUUGCCAGAAUGUGGUAGUAAGCGUGGCCUGCUCUGAAACAGGCGUAUUAUUUAGUUCUUGGGGUGAGGGUCUAGUGCCAGGGAUGGGAGGGGUGAUGGGGAAAGAGGGAAAUUUUAGCGGGUUGGGAGGGUGGGUAGGGUAUUUAUUUAAAUUAAAAAAAAAUACAUGCCAGAAGAGCUGUCAGGAACUUUUUUUUAAUUCCUUUCUUUUCAGAAUAAUAUAUUAAAAGACUAAUGAUCCUA